GGGUAAACCAAUGUGUUCUCAACCCGAGACAGAAACCAACUCUCCCUUUCUUUUCAUCUCCCACCUCCCUACUCCUGGGAAGUCCUCCUAACCUCCUGGACCUAACCUCGAUCCUCCUGUUCCUGUGCCCAUUGUCUCAGCUUGCAGGCAGAUCCAAGCCACUUGGCCGCUACCUCUCCCUGCUGGGCACGAAGCCUGACGCCUGCCCUUCAGCCCUCGGUGGGCUCCCAGGAAGCCUGCAGCCUGUAACCAGACAGUUUGCUCCCAGCAGGUACCCCUGAGCUGCACUCCGCACACUGUUCCUGGAUCUCCUCUCUGAAACCUGGGCAGAGUGUGUUCCCACCCAGUCCAGUGACCUUUGCCUGUCUGAACCCUGGUUAAUUUUUGCCCAGUCUGCAGGCUGUGUGGCUCUUCCCCUUCAGGGAUAUAAGCCUGGCCCGAGGCUGCCCUGUCCUCCACCUGUCCUGAGCCUCCCCAAGCUCCCUCCACACCCUCACCAUGGCCAAAGGAUUCUACAUAUCCAAGGCCCUGGGCAUCCUGGGCAUCCUCCUGGGCAUGGCAGCCAUAGCCACCAUCAUCGCUCUGUCUGUGGUGUAUGACCAGGAGAAGAACAAGAAUACCGAGUGCUCCACCGUGGCCCUUACGAGCCCCGCGACCACCCUGACCACCACCAUCACUGCGGCCACCACCUUGGACCAGAGCAAGCCAUGGAACCGAUACCGCCUACCCACGACACUGUUGCCCGACUCCUACAAUGUGACACUGAGGCCCUACCUCACUCCCAAUGAGAAUGGCCUGUAUAUCUUCACGGGCACAAGCGUCGUCCGCUUCAUCUGCAAGGACCCCACUGACGUCAUCAUCAUCCAUAGCAAGAAGCUCAACUACACCACAACCCACGGGCACAUGGUGACCCUGCGGGGCGUGGGAGUCUCCCAGGUCCCCGACAUUGACAGGACCGAGCUGGUAGAGCCCACGGAGUAUCUGGUGGUGCACCUCAAGGGCCCUCUGGAGGCAGGCAGAAUGUACGAGAUGGAGAGUGAAUUUCAGGGGGAGCUGGCCGACGACCUGGCAGGCUUCUACCGCAGCGAGUACAUGGAAGGCAACGUCAAAAAGGUGCUGGCCACGACACAGAUGCAGUCUACAGAUGCCCGGAAAUCCUUCCCGUGCUUUGACGAGCCGGCCAUGAAGGCCACAUUUAACAUCACCCUCAUCUACCCCAAGGAACUCACGGCCCUGUCCAACAUGCCGCCCAAAGGUCACAGUGUCCUUGCAGAAGACCCCAACUGGAGCAUCACUGAGUUCGAAACCACUCCUGUAAUGUCCACAUACCUUCUGGCCUACAUCGUGAGCGAGUUCACGAGUGUGGAGACAAAGGCACCCAAUGAUGUCCAGAUCCGGAUCUGGGCUCGGCCUAAUGCAACUGCAGAGGGCCAUGGUAUUUAUGCCCUGAACGUGACAGGUCCCAUCCUAAACUUCUUUGCCAGUCAUUUUGAGACACGCUACCCACUCCCAAAAUCUGACCAGGUUGCCUUGCCCGACUUCAACGCCGGUGCCAUGGAGAACUGGGGGCUGGUGACCUACCGGGAGAACUCGCUGCUGUUUGACCCACAGGCCUCCUCCAGCAGCAACAAAGAGCGGGUUGUCACUGUGAUUGCUCACGAGCUGGCCCACCAGUGGUUUGGGAACUUGGUGACCCUGGCCUGGUGGAAUGAUCUUUGGCUGAACGAGGGCUUUGCCUCCUACGUGGAGUACCUGGGUGCUGACUAUGCAGAGCCCACCUGGAGUCUGAAAGACCUCAUGGUGCCGAAUGAUUUGUACCCUGUGAUGGCUGUGGACGCGCUGGCCUCCUCCCACCCCCUGACCACCCCUGCCGAGGAGGUCAACACACCUGCCCAGAUCAGCGAGAUGUUUGACUCCAUCUCCUACAGCAAGGGAGCCUCGGUCAUCAGGAUGCUUUCUGAGUUCCUGACUGAGGACCUGUUCAGGAAGGGCCUUGCGUCCUACUUGCAUGCCUUUGCCUAUCAGAACACCACCUACCUGGACCUGUGGGAACACCUGCAGAUGGCUGUAAACAAUCAGUCGACCAUCGAGCUGCCAGGCACCGUGCGUGCCAUCAUGGACCGCUGGACCCUGCAGAUGGGCUUCCCUGUCAUCACCGUGGACACCAAGACAGGGGGCAUCUCCCAGAAGCACUUCCUCCUUGACCCCGAGUCCAACGUCACCCGCCCCUCAGUGUUCAACUACCUGUGGAUUGUUCCCAUCUCAUCUAUCAAAAAUGGCAUACUGCAGGAACACUACUGGCUGCGGGGUGAAGCAAAAAACCAGAGUCAUCUGUUCAAAACCAGAGAGGAAGAGUGGGUCCUGCUAAACGUCAACGUGACGGGCUAUUACCAGGUGAACUACGAUGAGGACAACUGGAGGAAGAUUCAGAAUGUGCUGCAGAUAAGACCAUUGACCAUCCCUGUCAUCAAUCGGGCACAGGUCAUCUACGACAGCUUCAACCUGGCCAGUGCCCAUAUAGUCCCUGUCACCCUGGCGCUGAACAACACCCUCUUCCUGAACAACGAGAGAGAGUACAUGCCCUGGCAGGCCGCCCUGAGCAGCCUGAGGUACUUCAAGCUCAUGUUCGACCGAUCCGAGGUCUACGGCCCCAUGAAGAAUUACCUCAGGAAUCAGGUUGAACCCCUCUUCCUAUAUUUUGAAAAUAUCACCAAAAACUGGACUGAGCGCCCAGAAAGGCUGAUGGACCAGUACAAUGAGAUUAAUGCCAUCAGCACUGCCUGCUCCAAUGGGCUGCCUAAGUGUGAGGAGCUGGCCAAGACCCUUUACAACCAGUGGAUGGAGAACCCCGAAAAUAACCCGAUCCACCCCAACCUGCGGUCCACCAUCUACUGCAACGCCAUCGCCCAGGGCGACCAGAAAGAGUGGGACUUCGCCUGGAGGCAGUUAAAACAAGCCCAACUGGUUAAUGAAGGUGACAAACUCCGCUCAGCGCUGGCCUGCACCAACCAGGUCUGGCUCCUGAACAGGUACCUGAGUUACACCCUGAACCCAGACCUCAUCCGGAAGCAGGAUGCCACCUCCACCAUUAACAGCAUUGCCAGCAACGUCCUGGGGCAAUCUCUGGCCUGGGACUUUGUCCAGAGCAACUGGAAGAAACUCUUUGAGGAUUAUGGCGGUGGUUCCUUCUCCUUCUCCAGCCUCAUCCAGGCUGUGACCCGAAGAUUCUCCACUGAGUUCGAGCUGCAGCAGCUGGAGCAGUUCAAGAAGAAGAACAUGGAUGUAGGCUUCGGCUCAGGCACCCGGGCUCUGGAGCAAGCCCUGGAGAAGACCAAAGCCAACAUCAAGUGGGUGAAGGAGAACAAGGAGGUGGUGUUAAACUGGUUCACAGAGCACAGCUAAAUAGUCCCUGGACCUUACAGUCACCUGGCCCCUAUGUGAGAUGCCCACGUGUGUCUAUCCAAGUGGCUCACGGUAGGGCCCCCAUUCCUGAAGCCUGAGGCACCCGUGUCCUCCCCUUAGGAACAGAGUCUCUGGCCCAUGUUCUCUCCACUCUGCCCAGGGGGCCAAUCCAGUUUCUGAUGGCCAGACUGUCCAAGUGCCUCCCAGCCCCUGCCCCUCAUGCCAACCCCACCCCAGGCCUGGCAUGGCUCUUGUCACCCAGGGCCCUGGGGCUGAUCUCAGGGAAGUCCAGCUCCAGGGCCAGAUGAGCAGAGGCCCUCGAUGGAUGAUGGACUGCCUUGGGGGGCUGCCCUGUGCCCUCUCUCACCCUCCCAUAAAGACCCUGAACCUGAGGAGUCAACAGAGCACCAGAUCUGUAUAUUUUUUUCUAAGAUAAAAUGUAAAUAAAGGAUUUCUAGAUGA